AAAUAUGAACGAACCAAUUCACAUAUGGAAAUUUGUGAAUAUUCAUGAUAAUGAAAAACGAAUCAUUUGGAAUUAUUAUCCUGAUAAUAAUAAUAAUUAAGGGUAAGUAUCUGGCUGAAUCGUUGGAUUGGAUACACUAACAACUUUUUUUUUUAAUUUUUUUAUUAUCAAGAGAUAUAUGGUAGCAAAAGUGAAUUAAUUAUUAUUUUAGGGGUACGUACAUCCGGAAACUGUUAUUGAAUAAAUAUUUGGUUGUUAUGAGGGAAUAAAACCAGCCAGCCGGCCAGUAGCCUAUUCCAGCCUAGCAUCAUAGUCUCUUAUCUGUCUCCUACUCCUCCUCUCCUUAUAUAACUUGGCUUCCCAUAUUCGGUUCCAUAUUUUCUUAUUCGAUCGGCCGCCACGCCAUUAUAUAUACAUAGUUCACGGGCGCCGGCCGGCCGGCCGAUUACUGUAUAGAAAUUGUUAUUUGACACAUACAAAAAUGGGUUUGGUGUCUUCUUCCCGUACCAGUACUGUUUCCCUUCCUCUUCUUCUUCUUCUUCUGGGUUUUCUCUUGGUGGCUGUUUCGGCCGCCGGCGAUGUGGAACAGCAGGAAGCAGACCUGGUGAAGAGGCUGCCGGGGCAGCCGGAAGUGAGCUUCAAGCAGUACGCCGGCUACGUGACGGUGGACGAAAGCCACGGGAGAGCGCUGUUCUAUUGGUUCUUUGAAGCCACCGAAAACCCUCAGGACAAGCCCCUCCUCCUCUGGCUCAAUGGAGGUCCAGGGUGCUCGUCGAUAGGUUACGGGGAAGCUGAAGAGUUGGGGCCUUUCUUCCCCAAGAGGGGCAAACCAGAGGUCACCUUCAACCGUCACUCUUGGAACAAAGCUGCGAACAUGUUGUUCCUUGAAUCUCCCAUCGGGGUUGGAUUUUCCUACACCAACACUUCCCAAGACUUCACUCAACUCGGCGACGCAAUGGCAGCCAGUGACGCCCACACGUUCCUCCUCAACUGGUUCAAGAGAUUCCCUCAGUUCCGCUCUCACGACUUUUUCAUCGCCGGCGAAAGCUACGCCGGACACUACGUCCCGCAGCUGGCGGAGGCUGUGUUCGACGGCAACAAGAACGCCUCCAAGGGCGACCACAUCAACUUCAAGGGUUUCAUCAUAGGGAACGCUCUGAUGGACGACGCGACGGACCAAAAGGGGAUGGUGGACUACGCGUGGGACCACGCCGUCAUCUCCGACCAAGUCUACGACAAGAUCAAGCAUGCAUGCAACUUCGACGUCGAGGGAACCUCGUCGGCCUGCGACGACGCGCUCGAGCUGUACUUCAACGUCUACAACCUCAUCGACAUGUACAGCCUGUUCGCUCCCCGGUGCUUCAACGGCACCACCUUCUCCGCCGCCACGAAACGUCCUCUCGCUCGCGGCCCUCGUUCCUUGUCCAAAUUCCCGGCCACGUGGCACAAGGAGCCGGCCGCGGGGUACGACCCGUGCAUCUCUACGGUGACGGAGGCGUACUUUAACAGAAAAGACGUGCAGGAAGCCCUCCAUGCUAACGUGAGCGGGAGGAUCCCCUACCCGUGGACACACUGCAGCGACACCAUCCAAUCUUGGCACGAUGCUCCACACUCCGUUCUCCCGGUGAUUAAGAAGCUCGUCGCCGGCGGCGUCAGGGUCUGGGUCUACAGUGGGGAUACCGACGGGAGGAUUCCGGUGACGUCUACACGGUUGACGCUGAACAAGCUUGGUCUGAACACUACGAAAGAGUGGGCUCCGUGGUACUUCCGGCGGCAGGUCGGAGGAUGGACGAUUGAGUACGACGGGCUGACGUUCGUGACGAUAAGAGGAGCGGGUCACCAGGUUCCUACUUUCAAGCCGAUGCAGGCUCUGGUGCUGAUCAAGCGUUUCUUGGGAGACAAGAAAAUGCCCGCUUUCCCUUGGCGUUCAACCUAAAAAUGCUAUAUAGUACUCAUUCGUAUAUUUGUUUAUUGGGAUUCGAUUAGGAUUGUUGUUGCGAUCGGUUUUCUUAUUUUUUAUGUAUCUACUGCAUUUAGGGCAGAAUUCAUUUCAUGAUUAAUUAAUGGAAAUCAGUAUCGGUAUUAAUAAAUUUAUAUGCGAUGGUGAAUGCAUGGCAAUGGGGCGGGUUUGUCUAAACCAUCCCCAUCCUCAUCUUCAAAUAUUCAAAUCCAUACCCGCCCCAUACCCAUGCGGGGAAUGUUUUGCAAACCCAUCCCCAUAACCGUGGGUUUCGGGUACCCAUGGGUCAGUGACGGACCCAGGGGGUUUCAAGGGUGUCCCCGGACACCCCUAAAUUUUGGGAAAAUGAUUAUCCAACUUCCGAUGGUAAUUUACGUCUAGACAAAAAAAUAUAAUUGAUAGUGAGGGACACCCCUAAAAUUUGAAAAAAUGAUUAUCCUACUAUCAUUUGUGUAUAAAAAUAUAAAUGGUAGGUUGGGUAAUUCAAAUCUAGAACACUAUUUUUUAUUAAUAAACUUAAUUUCCGUUAACUACAACUCAUUUGUUGUUCGAUUUUGAACAAUGUGUAAUAGUAAAAAGUCAUUCCCUAUCUCUAAUUAUUUUAAAAACCUAACAAUUAAACUAAUUUCAAUCUACCCUUAAUUUGUAUUGAUUUUAUGAUUGUACGACAAGUGUUGAAAGAGUCUUUCAGCUUUGGGUUACAUCAAGAAUAAGUUUACAAAUCGAAUAUGCGAUAAGUUCCUGAAUGAUUGUCUAGUAGGGUAUAUAGAGAAUUUUUUUAACACUAUAAACACCAAGUGUAUUCUACAAUUAUUUUCGAAUAUGAAAACGCAUCAUGGACUUUUUUAACCUGUACGAGUAAGGUAUUUUCAUAUUUAUGAUUUUAUUUUUAUUUAAUUUAUUUUUUAAAAGAGGACACCCCUAUGGAAAAUUUCUGGGUCCGCCACUGCCAUGGGUAAUACCCGUACCCAUACAUCCAAUAUUAUUAUACUUAAAAUUUACAAGAAAAUUUUUAAUUAUUACUCUAAACAAACCUAUUAUAUCAUGAAGUCAACAAAACACGAUCAUUUUCUUAAUACGGUUCAAAGUAUAUGAUCCUAAAACAUCCAUUAAUACAUAAUAUAGAAUAUAAUAUUUUUCAAAUUAUUAUCUUCUAACUCUUAUACAUCUACUAAGUAAUAAUUAACUAACAUAAUCUUGUAGACAAGGGGAAAAGUGAAAGAGUGAAAGGAGAAUUGAGGGAAAUGAAUUAGAUUUUGAUUA